AUGUUUUCGUCAGUGCAAAACGGCGAUGGUUCAUCAGAUUUGGAUCAUCGCCCCAGCUCGCUGCUUGGCCAGCGCAUUACUAACUUUUUUCGUGGCCGAUUCUCUGCCCGCAGUAGCAGUAGCAGUGCUAUAAGUGGGGAAUACCACGAUCACCAUGACAAUGAACAUUUUCACAAGUUUGCGUCUCCUUAUGCAGGUCCAGAGAGUAUGAGUAUGCUAAUUUCUCGAGGCAGUGGGGUUGAGGAGUGCAGUCCUCCAAACAACGAGAUGUUGGGUCUUCCGAUUGUGGGACUUCCAAGUGACAGCCGCCAGGGCGAAGGUCGAGUAGGCGGUCGUCUUUCUUCACUUGAUGAAUACGAUUUUGAAUUGGAGGGCACUCCAUCCGACAUUUCUACGACGUAUAGCAGGAGCUCUUUUGAGCGCAGCUCGUUCGUGGUGCCACCCUUUCGUCUGGCAAGCGCCAGACGACAAGAAUGGACGGAUCCGUCAUCUUCAAUACUAAGCACCCUUCCUUCGUAUUUGUCAGAUGAGAAGGAGCUAAUUGUAAUCGUACACGUGGCAGCGUCUCUAACGCCUCUAGCUGCUUUGGCUGUUGGAGAAGUGGCUCAGUACUACGACAAAUCAAACAAGACUGUCUAUGCAAAGCAACAUUUGCUCAAUCUAAGUGCCUCUGCUUGGCUGGGAACUGAGCCACCGAAGUUCCCAUAUGUGUUGUCAAUCUCGGCAGGUGAUAAUCCAUCGAUUGUUACAAAUAAACUUCUUGUAGGUGCAAAAGUAUUGGGGUCUUGCUAUGAGCCAACACGCAAUACAUUGGACAGACUGAUGCUACCGACAUCAAAGAUUUUUUAUUCUCGUGGCGGAAUGCAAUCAAAUGGUGAAGACGAAAUGAUGGACGCAUUGCUGGAUGCACUUCGCGAUUUGCGUGGAACUGGUGCUGAAAAUGCAAAGUAUCGGGCUAGUGCAUCGAAGAUUUCAAUGACUGGUCAAGAUGGUGGUCAUCUUGUGUUUUUGUUGCGGGAUUUUGACAUUCUAGACGACCGGGAACUCGAGCGCUGGCUUCGGUGGACCUGUCACGUCUUGCAUGACGAAUUAGCUUACGUAAUAUUCUUAACUACUUCCUGUGUUACUCCUGCUAAGAUUCAACGGAUUCAAGAGCGCUGGCUUGCAAGUGGUGAUUUUGAGGAUGUUCGAGAUUUUGUUGGUAUAUUAUUGCGUCCUGCUUAUGGCCUAGUUGAUUCUUCUUCAGCCGAGGAAAAGCUGCGUGAUUUAUCGGAUUUGCAUGGUUUAGACUUAUAUUCUUGCAAGCACACGUUUGAAACUACAACAGCUUAUGGGGAUCACCACGGGACAGUUGCGAUAGAAAGUCAUACUAAGCGUGUUGCAGGGCCGGAUUAUAUUUUGAAGACAACUGGAAAUUGGUGGAGCGAUAUUGAUGAAAUUUGCCAACGCUUAAAGCAAAACAAUUUAAACGACUUAGCGGAUGAAGAAGAUCGACUAACUCUUAUCCAGGACGUGUGUAGCAACUUCGUUCAGGAAACUCAAGUCAACUUAUUGGAAGCAUUACACUUAGACAUGAACCUGUGUUCUCGUAAGUUCCCUGCCAGUGAUAAAUUUGUUCUUGGAGAGAACGCACCCUCUACAUCAUCAGAGACGUCAAAAGCUUUACGUGCGCUGGAGUGUUGGAAAUGUCUUGAAAGUGUGAGUCAGAUGACGCCAGUAACAGGCGGCAAUUCUCUCAUCAAUUUACCACAACAAAUUCUAAAUCAGAAAGACAAGACGCCACACAAUUGCAUAAAUCCCAUAGUAGCUCUGUUACCGUUUAAUUAUCGCAAAGAGGGCGAACAGAAGUUUCUAGACCUUAUCGAUCAGCGUGUGUUGUUCUUGCGACCGAAAGAUACCGUGGACAUUGGAGUGAUUCCGUGCAAAAGUUCUGAAAUCGUAUCACCUUGCUGGGUCCAAAUUCGACCUGUAAUGAAGAAGGCUUUCGAAACGAUACAUAAAAAUUAUACUUACUUCAGAAUCAUCUUAGAGCUUGAUCACUUAGCUGCGACAGUUGAGAUUCAAGAAGAGAUUGAGCUUUAUGCAUUACAAAUUUCUGAUCGUCGAAAAGUUUUGUCUGACAUGAAGCGCCACUACAAACUUUUUAAAAACUCGAUGACACCAGCAAAAAAAGCGACGAGGAAAGCUGAGCUCGCACUGAUGGAUGUCGAGCUUCAGGCAAAGGAUAUUUAUCUUGAUAAAUUGCGCUCGAUUUUGGCACCGUAG